CAUGCCCCAGAGGAAAACACUAUCUACUGAGGGAAUAUUCGUCAAAUGUUCUAAUUUCAAUGUCUUUCUUUGUUUUGCAUCACACUGGAAUGUGCUGCUUGCUGUAAUGUUAUUACUCACUUCAUAUACUGUGUAUACUUUACACACAUAUCUGACAACCUACGGCACAUGGGACAGCUGGGAAGUGGUGUUGUAAUCAGACCAAGCAUCUGUUUGCUUGAGCAACGGAUGUAGCCUGGUCCGAGAUCGAUUUGUGCAGGCUUUCCAACUCUUUUAGUCAUUGUAGGAGUUGGCAAGACAGCAAAAACAGAUCUGGGACCAGGCUAAUGGGAACUGUGUUGCUGUGGUCAGAUGCACUGUGUAUUUCACGCUGACGGGUCUCGUCAUCAUGGAUGAGAUGGAGGACAAGACUUCUGUGCAUUCAGACGAGAGUGAUGUUGAAGCUGACCUAAGACGAUCAUCCAAGAUCCUGCCAGAAAACAGAAGAACAUCUAGAUGGAAGAAUGGUCAGUGUGUGCUGGCAGUACCAACCUCCUCCAUGCUGAGCCCCAGGUUUGAUCUGUCGCUCUGCAGGGCUUUGCUGGAGAGGGACGGCUUCCAGAUUCCUGUGGCAGACUUUGAGACACCUCUAGACAUAGCACUGGAUGUGCCAUCGGUCAGGAGAUACCUGUUCCUUAACUCUUCUCUCAUCCACUUCAUCAUGGCACCGAUUAUAUAUGUGGUGAUAUGGUGUGCUGUGUUCUCCACUCUUCAUAUGUAUCUCUCGGUCACUGACUACUGGGUCAUCUGCCUGUCUGUCAGUCUGGUCUCCAUCUUCCUCACCACAUUCAUCAUCGUCAUCCUCUACUAUAGUAACAAGGAGAUCUUCCUACAGAUAAACAUCAACAUUGACGUGCGACUCAUCCAGGUGAAUGAGAGGCUGAGCCAACAUAUGCUACUGGUGGGCGUGGCUGACUGGGUGCAGAACUGCACUGGAACUCUACAGCUGUUCAUUGUGUACUGGGAUACGGCCCGCUGCUUGAGGACACUGACUGAAACUCUAGAGGAGAUGAGCUUUGUCGGAGACGAGGCCCAGAAGAGACUCGAGAAGAGAAUGUCCCACCUUGUCCUGGUGUCAGAGGUCAUGACCCUUGACCCUGUGGCGGUGGAGUCAAGUGUUAAUGAAGAUUCUGAUGAGGAAAGGCCCCUCUUGAUGAACGAUGAGGCUGGAGGCAGUACCUCAACCAGCCAGAGGGAGGACACCAAACUCACUACUAACUACAUUUUGGUACCGGACCAAAUACUACCAGCUCAGGCCAAAGCACUCCAACUUCUACUGACCUACGGUGCGGUGUAUGUCAAGCUGUUGGUAUCUGAAAAGCUGCCAAACUCCACACACCACCCCCUACACCACAGGAGGAAUCACUGCACCACUGCCUCCCUUUGUCUCUGUCAGUAUAUAAAAACCAAGGUCCUAGGAUUAUAAGACUGGGACACAGAAACGCUGAUGCGUUCCACUUUAAAUAAUAUGUUACUGUAGGACAAUAGAAUAUUUGCACUGACAAUAUAAAAGUCACGAUUUAGUACCCACUGUGUACGUUUUGCAUUAAAUUAUACAAACAAUAAAUAUAUAUCUUUAA